CGCUUCGUCAGUGGGCAGUGAGUACUCGCGAAGCGCACACGUGCUUGCAUUUGUUAUCCAAUUGUCGAACACUCAUCUUCCACGAAAAACGUGCGGUUUCAUUGAGGAUCGCAUGUUGUCGGUUUACUUAUGCAGAUCGCCAGCUCAUCUCGUAGCGUUUGUCGGCGGCAUCGGAGGAAUCCGAGAUGCGAGCCGUGAGCUUGUCAUUGGUGAAUCGAAAUCUCGCGAAGAAAGUGCUGCUGCUGUUGAAAAAAGAAACGAACUUCGGAAGAGGGAAACGCAUAAGAGAGAAGAAGAAGAAGAAGAAGAAGAAGAAACGAAAGAUCGUGUAGGUCGAUCAAGCGGAAGAGGAAGAGGAGUACGACAAUCCGUAGGCGGAAGAGAGAGGAAGAGGAAGAGAAACGACGAGGAAGACCGGGCAUCUUUGGGAAGAGCCAUCAAACGGCGAGCGGGGAGGAAGCAGCUGUUGCUGGAUCGCGAGUGAUGUGCGUGCCGGAAAAAGUGCAACGUCCUCCCUCGGAGGCGCAGUACUGAUGGCAAUGCGCGGGAAUUAAAGCGGAGAACAGCGAUCUCCGAGAUUUGCCUCUGGAAACCGUCACUGCCAGGCUUCGGAGGUGCUGCGAGGAGGGGAGAAGAAGAAGAAUCUUAUUACAUGCAAGGAGAUGAAAUUCGCCGAAGAAAGAUAGAAGGAAGAGAUACGGACGAGGGUGAUGGA